GUAUCACUAAGACCUUUUUACAACAGCGAAUUCCGGCGCGCGCAUGUCACGCUCUUUGCUCUAAUAUACCAAAUUUGUAAUAAAUAAUGGCUUCGAUUGUGAAUUCGAAGCAAACGGAAGUAAACGGCGAAUUAUCGUGUUCGUAUCCGUGUAAAAAAUCAAAAAUGGAAAAUAAAGUCACUGUUGUAUUGGGUGCUCAGUGGGGCGACGAGGGUAAAGGAAAAGUGGUGGAUUUGUUGGCUGUGGACUCCGAUAUCGUGUGCCGCUGCCAGGGUGGGAACAACGCUGGACACACGGUGGUAGUCGACGGCAAAGAGUUCGACUUCCAUUUACUACCGAGUGGCAUCAUUAAUCAGAAAUGCACGUCUGUUAUCGGCAACGGCGUGGUGAUCCACCUGCCGGGUCUGUUCGAGGAGCUGAAGAAGAACGAGUUGAAAGGCAUGAAGGGAUGCGAGAGCCGGCUCGUCAUAUCCGACAGGGCGCACAUCGUGUUCGACAUACAUCAACAGGUUGAUGGUCUUCAAGAAGCGGAGAAGGGUAAGAACUCGCUGGGCACCACCAAAAAGGGCAUCGGCCCGACGUACUCGGCCAAGGCGACCAGAAACGGAAUCCGAAUCGGAGACCUCCUCGGAGAGUUCAGCUUGUUUGAAGACAAAUACCGCACACUAGUAGCGUCGUACAAACGCAUGUUCCCAUCCCUGGAGGUGGAUAUCGAGACGGAGCUGGCCAAGUACAGGGAGUACGCGGAGAAGGUGCGGCCCAUGGUGCGAGAUACCGUCUCCUAUCUACACAAAGAGAUCGCGGCGGGCAAGAAGGUGCUCGUCGAAGGAGCGAACGCCGCCAUGUUGGAUAUCGAUUUUGGCACGUACCCGUACGUGACGUCGUCGAACUGCAGCAUCGGCGGCGUGUGCACGGGGCUGGGCGUGCCGCCGCGCGUGCUGGGCGCCGUGCUGGGCGUCGUCAAGGCCUACACCACGCGCGUCGGCGACGGACCCUUCCCCACCGAGCUGCACGACGAGACGGGUCGGUUGUUACAAGACCGCGGGCACGAGGUGGGCGUGACGACGAAGCGCGUGCGCCGCUGCGGUUGGCUCGACCUGGUAGUCGUCCGGUACACCGCCAUGGUCAACGGAUACACCUCAUUAUGUCUAACAAAGUUGGACAUUCUGGACACGUUAAAGGAGAUCAAAGUGGGUGUCGCGUACAAACUGAACGGGAAGAAGAUCGAUUAUUUCCCAUCGUCCAUGACUGAGCUUAGUAAUGUUGAGGUGGAAUACAUAACGUUACCUGGUUGGGCGUGCAGCAUAGAGGACGUGCGGGAACUGAGCAAGCUGCCCGAACAGGCCAAGAAUUACGUGAAGGCCAUCGAGGAUUUCUUACAAAUACCGGUUAAAUACAUCGGCGUCGGUCAAGGUCGGGAGUCCAUAAUCAGCGUGGCCUAACGUCGGCUGGCAGCCGAUCGCACCGCUACCUAGUGUUUGUUUUAGUAAUUAGCGAAACAAGACGUUUGUGCAUGUAAUUUCCAUUAAAUCUGCAUCAGGUUAUUUAGUUGUCGACUAGUUGAGUUUGAAUUUGGACAACAAAUCGAAAACAAAACUGUACUUGGCAUUACACACGCAAAUGACUCGUUUCGAUAAUUUACAUAUAAUUGUAAUUAUAUUUUUAAAUCGUUUUGCAGCUGUGUUUAGUUGGUCAAUAUUUCUACUCGAAUAAAAGCGCGGUACACGAAUAAUCGAUUAUUUUAUCGAUAUAAAUAUCGUGCGGUAAGAUACUUACUAUGCUUUUUAGAGUAAACCAGAGUAUGGAAUUUAAAAUUAUAUCGAUAAACAGCACGUACUUAAUAUUACCUUGCUUUUCUACCACAAUUUCAUAUUGACCAACUAAAACAGUAUUAACAAAAAUAAAAAAAAUCUGUUUCGAUCGAACGGUCGUAACGCUAAAUAUUUUAGAUUGAUAGCAGUCUGUACUUAUCGAUAUCGAUAAAUCAUUUUAUCGAGCAAUUAGGGUUCGUCGAUAUUUACAAUGCAAGGUGCCGAUUGAAUAAGCAGUAUUUUUUGUACGGUUAUGUUAACAUCCCCGAUAAUGGGAUGAAAGUGGUAGAAAUAUAACCUUGGAAACGUUGCGGCGAAUAUAAAAUAGGUAGACAAAUCUAAAAUAUUUGCAUUGAUAAUGAUUAAUCUUCGCACCGCCAGUUGAGGUCAGGGUAAGACCAUAAUAUUAAAAUAAUGUAUCAUUCUUUUUAAACAUACAAAUAUUUUUCCAAUUGUCUAUUGCCAUGCUUCCCUACCAAGUCUUUACAGGAUUUGAAACAUAAGGGCAUAAUUGUGUCCACUGCCGACGGUUAAUCAUCUCUCGACAUCUCUCAAUCGACAUUCUAUUGAACUUCACCAUCAGAUGCAUUGGGGUCACUUUAUAGUGUCCAUAUAACAACAAAUAUGUAACAUUUACUACUGCAUGGAGGAAUGUAAAACAAUAGGGUCAAGACAAGCAAAUACCAGAGCCCUCUGGCGGUGAAAAGAUUACCUUAACUUACACUGGUGCUAUAAAUAGGCUACACGGUUCACUUACUCCAUAAGCAUUGUGCUGCGGUGAAUCGAAUUUGCAUACUCUCGUAUUUACAAAUAAAAUACCGUUUCUAUCCCCUCGUGUGUCACAACACAACACUUUCAUCUCAAAUCGUCUGAAUAAAGACAUUUCUAUUUAUCGAUGUAAUAAGGGCUUCUAAAUGUGCAUUGUCAUACGUUUUCCAGCAAUAAUUAAGUACUAAUUUCUGUAGACGGGUUCAUACUAGCGGUUCUAUGGAAAAAUGUUAUCUUAGGUACUGGCUCAAGCAGGAUUUAUUAUUGAAUUUGCAAAAAAACUGCCUAUAAUAGUGUUUGAAAUAUCGAUAUUUUAAAUCGAAUUAAAUCUGGAAAAAUGUCAAGUCUUGAAUUUUAUUGAGCCAGCCAAAGUAGCUAAAUGGAUGUUUAGUAAUUUUUUGAAAGUAUUAUAAUAAGGCACCAAUGCUUAAUAUGAUUCCUAAAUUACGUCAUCGUAGAAAUUACACGUGAAAAUUGCAUUUUUGAAAAAAAGAAUUAUAAGAUUUUUAGUGAACUUGAAUAUUUUUGAUUUUUUAUUAUUUGAUUUAUUCGGUGUUUAAUGCACAAAUUGAAUAAAGACCUUUUUAAUUGUUAUAAUUGUCCGUUUUGUGAGAUUUUAUGUUGGAUCGCAUAAUUAUCGAGAUGAAAUAAUUUGGCAUACAAUAAAAUUCUUAAUAUUUUUGGUCUUAGUUUUUUUUAUCAUAUCCAAUAACUUAUUUUAACUUAUCAAUUUUUGCUUUCAAUGUAUAGAUUAAAAUCAUAAUCGAUAGUUUUUUUAUCGAUAAAAUUUACAUAUAUUUAUGCAGUCAUAUUAACUACAUCUCGAUAAUUAAAGCGAUUCAUUGAUUGUUUACUAACGAUAUCGCAUCAUUGUUUUCUAACAUAUUUUAUAUUUCUUGAAUUGUGACUUAAAAUGAUUUUCUGCUGGCGGAAUGUCUCCAUUCCAAAGAUUUUUGAGAAUAAAUGGUAAUGAUUCAGUAAUUUGUUAAUCAUUGUUAGCUUUUACAUUAUGUGAGGUGUUUUAUGUGAUAUAUCUUUGUAAUGUAAAUAUCUAUACAGUUAUUACAAUAUAUAUGCCAAUAAAAUGGUUUAUUCUUUUA